AUGAAACGUGGCCUCUCCGGCCACAGCGCAAUUCCAACGGAAGAUGCGCCCUGUAACGACAUUUCACCUCCAUUGGCACUCUCGGACGAGUCCGAAGACUCGCUGUUCGCUGCAUCUGUCGCUCGUUCUGACGACUGUGAUCGCCACCCUCUGGAUUGUUCUGUCCCAGCCGUGUCGUCUAUGACUACUCCUGCGCUGACAAACACCGACCUCAUCUCUGGACGGCCUGAAAGUGUGUAUGCUGCAGCAGACGACCUGUGCACAAACGUUUCCGAGACAGACGGAUUUCUGUCGCCUAAUGGUUACGACACUACCAAGGUUUCAAAAACGGUCGACAUUUUCGACGUGGUUUCUCACUCAGCCGAUGUCAAGUCCUCCAGUGGAAACACGUCCAGUGCAUUUUCAUCCCCUCUUCUUGAUUCACAGUCUCUACUGAGUGGCGGCUCGUCCGACGAACUCUUUUACUACAAGGAUGCAGUCCAGGCCAAGCGUUCGGGGCAGCAACGGCAGCAGCAAAAUGGCUGCUGCGGCUGCUGCCCGCCGCUAAGGAGCGCUAAUGCAGCAGCACCACCGUCCGUGGCCGGUCUGAACGAUCACCUGAAUCGUCCUUCUCGCCGGUGCAGUAUCCCGCAGUUUCCGAAAGACUUUCGGACACCAUACUCGAUGGGCCCGUUGGGUGGUGUCCCGCGCCGCUCGUCGAUGGAAGCCCUCGAGCCCACGGGUCACUCGCCUCGUACCACCAAUGCGGUGGUUGUCGAAGACUCGCCGGUCUUUUCUCACUCACCGGAGCCGCACAACACGCGGUUCUGUUUCACAACUCGCCGUAACAGCGAGGAUCUGUUCUGGCGCUCGUCGCAUGCCUCGUCGUCCAAUGUUGUGCUUACGCCCACUUUGAUGGGCCGUCUGCAGCAGCGCGCCUGCGACGACCGCGGAAAACAGUUUCAUCCGUCCGCCCUCAAGUCGUAUCAGCAUCGCCAGUGUCGUCGGAAGGGGAGCGGCAGUGCUGUUGGAUGUCCCUCAUCCCGUCGCUCGAGCACCGAUGAAUCUAUGUCCUGGCAGCUCAAUGGCGACACGGGCUCUGAUUCAGACAAUGACGACUCUCAACUGCUUGAUUUCACGGGCUCGCUGUCCAUGUUGCCCAUUUCACAGCUCAGCAAUCUGGCUCUUGCCGACCCUCAGAACCACGAACGUCUUGAGUGGCAUCAGAUGUUUACUGCCGUCAUCACGGGUGACAUUAUGCGCAGCGAGAAAAUCCGCUUAUACAAGAGCGCCGCAGCCAAUGCGGAGUCAGGCUUUGACUACAAGCACCAACUGUGGCUUGAAAUACGCUGUUGGUUGUCACGCCAGUCUGUUGAGUCGUAUCAGGCUCAGCUGGAGUUUACGCGCUCGAGCUUGGCUGGUGUGCUUACGAAAGUACUCAAUUUCCGGUGUGUCCCUGACCACGUAGCAUCGUGCUGCGUUGAUGCUGUGGAUCAGGUGUUGGACGAGUUGCGGUUGUUUGAGGAUUGUUAUCCUUCUCGCGCACAGAUUGCCAAAGAGUAUCCCGUGUACGCGUCUGACACGUUUCAAAACAAGGUCGAUGUGCUGACGGCUUACUCAGUUUGCGUGCGAUGGGUGCGCACACAAAUCUCCAUUUUGAGAAAAUGGAUUGGCAACAAUGAUCUCAACGUCAUUCGUCGCUCCUCUGCGGAUUCAUCCACCUCUUCGUGUCUGUUAUCCAACAGCUCUUUUGUGGAGCGUAUUUCGCGCCAGUCUGGUCUCAAGCGUACCUUUGAGUUAAAGAUUAUGCGCGAUCUGUACACCAUGCUUGACAAAGUUGGUUUGACGGUUCUAGGGAACUCUGCUGCUUUAAGUUCAUAUGGCUUGUCAUUAUGCAUUGAUGAGUAUCUCUCCUUAAUUUCGUUCCCGAUGCAACUUACUGAACAUGCUUUGCGUCUCCGCCUCUCUUAUGUGCAGAAAAUUCGAGGCACUAACGUGUACUACAUUGAUUCUAUGCUUGAGGAUUUUCGGAGUACCAUCUCCAUAUCCGUCCAAGCUUUGAAACGGUACUGUAAGCUCGUGGACCCUCUCGUCAAACUGGAAAUUCCGGCUCAGUCUACCGAUUCGUUGCAGAAUUGCUUAGUGCCUGCUCUGCACAUGUAUUUCAGGCUCUUACACUGGAAACUCCGUAGCGGUUCUGUUAUGGUGUUCUUAAAAGAGCCGGAAAUUCUACGUGAUGAGUGGGAGUUUCUGAACAGUGUUUGUCCGUACAUACAGCACGGUUCAAAAAUAAUGGCGGAAAAGUUCACCGGUUUGGCAAGUGAACUGAUGGCUAAUGUUAUUCCACAAUACCAAAAACAGCUUGAAGAUUUGCCGGAGGACGAUGACAUUCUUAUUCCUUGGUUUCGCAACGUGCUGGACAAUGUGCGGGUGCGUUUCCGUAAGCUCAUGUCGUUUACGCGUUUGUUGAAGCGCCAUUUUGAAAAUGCCUGCGAUUUCUACGUGAAAGAGUCUUGUACCGACCGUUUUCUAGAUUUGCUCGUUGACUCGGGCCAUGUCCUUGCAUACACGGCGACUAUUGAGCAGGACGGUGCAUACUACAUCGUUCCCGGCGCAUUCGCAGACAAGCAGAAAUUGUUACGUUCUGUCUUCACGUCUUGUUUGGUCGGUGAUUAUUCGGCUGAUGCAGAUAGCGUUCCUUACGUGAUCGUUAUUGCUCCUAAAACGUCCGUCGUGUGGAGAGGUCGUACAGUGAAUGUUGACUUGCCCGAUAUUGCCGUUCACGUUCCCGUGAACUGUGUCCGUCUUCUCACUAACGUUUCUGGCGAUCGGUUACGAGCACUUAAAGACCAUCUUGAGCAGCUUUCCAAUGAUACCAUAUGUCUUGUUAAUCCUUCCCGUGCAAGUUCUCAAAUCAUUAACCACGAACUGACUAAAAUAAAAAGGAUGGCCGUCAAAUUGUCUGUGAGCCUCAUGGACAGUGUCCAAAUAUUGCGGGUUCGUUGUCGUAACCUUGACUGCCAAAACUUAAUUCAUUAUACCUUUUCUUACGCCAUCGACUUUUCGCAACGGCUGCUGCGUCUUUCCAUCUUGGACAAUAAUUGGUUGAAGAUGGUCAAAAAGAAGAUGCUCGAGUUGGCUAUUAGUUGGGUCAGUUUUGUGUAUGAGGAUUGCUCGCCUGCUGAUCGAAACACAUUCCGCUGGGCUGUUGCUGCCCUUGAUUUUGUCAUGGUUGUGACUCGUGGUUCAAACAUACUUUUGUUGGACGAGAAGUCCUUUGAGGUGCUUCGUAGCAGUGUUGGCAAAUGCAUGAGCCUAUUGUUGUAUCACAUGGAUAUUUUUGGCGCUAAGAGCAAACUUGCAGCACGUCUCGAGCAAGAACAAAAGCAGCUGAACAAAUCUUUGAAUGCAGAAGAAUGUGAGAGGUUCACGGAUGCUGAGCUGCUUGCUUUCGUCAAUGAAGAGAUGCUUAUGCGCAUUAAUGAGGUUGAAGAACGGAGACGUAACUAUCUCCGUGCUUCUCAGUUUGUCGGUCGAGUGCUCGACGAUACGAUACAGGAGAAUCAGCAUCUCAAACAAUUGGCAUCUUCUUCAAGCAAUAUCACUAUGCGUUGGCAGCAAGGACGAAUAAUUGGAUCGGGUACUUUUGGAACGGUGUAUCAAGGUGUGAACCUGGAUACAGGCGAUCUGAUGGCCGUUAAGGUAAUUAGUCUUUACGACCUUCAGUCUUCACCCUCUGUCGUUAGUCGAAUCAAAGAUGAAGCAAUGGUACUUGGCAUGUUGGAUCAUCCGAAUAUUGUAUCAUUUUAUGGUAUUGAAGUCCAUCGUGACAAGGUCAACAUCUUUAUGGAAUUGUGUCAAGGCUCUUCAUUGGCAGAGUUGUUAAGGUACGGGCGCAUCCAAGAUGAAGUUGUGAUUCAGGUGUACAUCAUCCAGUUGCUUGAAGCUCUUACGUAUAUGCAUGCACGAGGAGUGGUACAUGGAGACAUUAAGCCUGAGAAUAUACUGUUUGACGGAAACGGUCUUAUCAAGUUCUCUGACUUCGGUUCGUCAACAAUCACCGUGCCUGGUGAUGCGCCGCCCUCCGUGAAGACGAAUCUCGCAAGAUGUCUUGCCGAGACUUCUGCAAAUAGUCGGCUUCCCUCUGACAUGCUCCGUGGAACGCCUACUUACAUGGCUCCAGAGUUAAUUCUCGGUCAACGUUCAGACAUUAUCGGUGCCGAGGACAUUUGGUCUUUAGGAUGUGUUAUUGUUGAAAUGGCCACGGGAGCUUCACCAUGGCCUAAGCUUGAUAAUCAAUGGGCACUCAUGUACCAUAUUGCUUGUCUGCGCACCCCGAGUAUUCCACCCGACGAGCAACUGUCUGCCGCAGGACAAGCAUUUGUCCGUCGGUGCUUUGAAUCCGAGCCGCCAAAGCGUGCUACUGCUGCGGCACUUUUGGAUGACGCUUGGAUAGAGGAAAUUAGAAUCGUCGCCUGUGGCGAGCCAGGAGAUGAUCCUGCCGAGCUUCUUAAUCAGGAAGCGUUAGAGGAAACGAUUCCCGUUGGCGUUUAA